UAUUUUUUUAGGUAUCGGCAGUGAACGUAUUGCGCAUUCAUCAACAAAUUCAAAUGGAUCAUUGAAUUCAACUUAUACAUUAACAGUCAAUGAUAUUGAUGAUUAUGUCACCAGUAUCAAUAAUGUUAAUUUUACAAGAAGCACUAAUGAAUCCAUGCUUAUCGCUGUACCACCAAAUCAAGGAGAUGGUGUAUUUGUUUUAGGUGCUUCAUUCACACGUGGUAUUGGUGGCACAGUUGUGAAUACUAACAAUAGUGAGCAAAUUACGAAUACUGAGCUAUCAACAGCAGCUCUCAUUAGCAAUCUAUCUUUAACUGGGGUCACAUCUCUGAAUAUGCUCAUCAUUGAUAAACCUACUAAAUAUGAAAACUUAGAUAAUUCAACUGAGAAAAAACUUGCAUCAUCAGUUGUCGUUGUAGUAGUGAACAGAAAUAAUGUUUCAUCAAAUCAAAUAAAUAUUUCUCUUUUUUUCCAAAUCCUAAAUGAAUAUCGACCAAGUGGUGACGUCGAAUAUAUUUGUUCUUUUUAUGAAACAAAUGAUUUGAAAUGGAAUGAAUCUGGUUGUACUGCACCUCAAUAUAAUGCUGUAUUCAAUCGAUAUGAAUGUAAUUGUAAUCAUUUAACUUCUUUUGCUCUUCUUUGGUUACCAAGAGUACAACUUACUCGAGAUCUUCGUCCAGUAGAUAUUGCAUCACUUGUAUUUCAAUCAAUAUCAAUUGUUUGUUUCAUAAUAAUUAUUAUUAAUGCUAUUGUUAUGAGAGUUAGACGUCCAAUUAUGGGUUUUAGAGCAUAUGAUAUAUUACCUUUAAUAUCUUCUGCAAGUACAACAAUUCUUUUUGCUUUUUAUAUAGCUCUAUCAAUGACUGUUUAUACAAAAACAACAUCUGAAAAUGAAAGUCAAUGUUUUCUAAGUUCAAGUGUCUUAAUGUUUUUCGUUUAUUUCUUUUUAAUUUUUAUGUUCUGUGCUAAGACUAGUGUUGGAUACUUUAAUUAUCUUCGUUUUGUUCAUUUAUUUCCGGAACCAUCACUUCGAAAACUGUUUGUUAUGCUUGCCAUAUCGUUUGUAUUCUCCAUUGCAUGGGUCGCUUUUGCAGUUGGAUUUAAUUCCAAUUCAUCAUUCAAAAUUACACAACUAUAUCCAUAUAAAAUUUGUUGGUUUACUCGUGAUGUUAUUUAUUAUUUUUUGACCAUACCUGUUUGUCUGUUUCUUUUAGUUAAUAUUAUCAUAUUUAUUCGUGUAGCUCAACGUAUAAUAAGUCAUGUUCGACAUGCUAAAUCACCUCAUAAAUCAUAUGGUAGAAUGAAACGAUGUGUACUUAUUUUACUUUCAUCAUGUGCUACUCAAGGUAUUGGUUGGCUUUUUGGUCCAUUUCUAACAUUUGUUAAUCCAGAAGCUGGGAAAGUUUUAGAGUGGAUAUUUAAUAUUUUAAAUGGAUUAGAAGGUCUUUGGUCUAUACUUUUAUAUAUGAUAAUUCGAUCAACACGUAUGGAUGAACAAAAACGUUCUGUUGCUGCAAGAGAGCUUAGUAAAACAAAAAGUACUAUAAUAGAUAAGGAUAAAAAAUCAAAUACUGACGAUGAUCAAAAUGGAACUCAUGAUGAAAUAAGAGAAUCUCAAAUCGAACGUCGAAGAAGAGAAAAUGAAAAUCGUGAUGAAACAAGAGAAUGUGACAUUCAAGAUCUUCGUAGAAAAAAUAAAGUACCACAUAUAUUCGAUGACUUGUAUGAUUUAAAAGACUGUGCUAUGCCUAUUAGCAAUGAUAAUGAUUCGUAA